GGGCCGGGGCGUGUCCCGGGCGUCCAGGUGGCCUAGGCACCGGCCAGGCCUGAGUCUCCAACCUCCGCGGAGAUCGGGGGUCGGCGGCGGAUCGGGAGGGACGGGACUCCGGGAGGCAGACCGGUUGCCGCCUGGGGCCAGUUCCCCGCGGCUCCCGCAAUCCCCCCUUGGAAGUCCCCCCCCCCCCGCCUCGAGCGGCGACGCGGAGGGUUUCGGUCGGCCGUGGGGGCGGGGCCGGGGGCGGGGCCGGGACGGGUCGCGGCGGGCAGGGAAGGCCAAAUUGGGGGGUUGGAGGCCGGCCCGGAAUUCUCCCGCUCGCCGCCCCCCCGCUCCCGCGAUCGAAGACAAAAAAAGAAAAAGGCUCGGUGCUGGCGUCGUCGCCCCGCGAUCCCCGCUCUCCCCGUUUAUCUGGAGGCCUCUCUCUGCACCCGUCCCCGACCCGAACCCUUGAGCGUCGGGGCCCAGGCGGGUCUGGACAAGGCGGGGCCGCCCCAGCGCCAGCGCCAGCCCCGUCCCUGCCCCCUGCAGCCUCGCAGAACCUGGCGCUCGGCCCUCACACUUCCAUUCUCUCCUUUGAAAAACUAACUCCCGACCCCUUCCGCCAGGCUCCAACCCGGGCACCGCCGGGGCCGCGGCUGCUCCUGGGCCUCCUGGCCCGACCACCGAGACCCCGGGCUCCUCGCCAGAGAUGAGGAGCCGGAGCAAUUCCGGGGUCCGCUUGGACGGAUACGCGCGCCUGGUGCAGCAGACUAUCCUGUGUUACCAGAAUCCUGUCACAGGGCUGCUGGCCGCCAGCCAUGAGCAGAAGGAUGCCUGGGUGCGGGAUAACAUCUACAGCAUCCUGGCCGUGUGGGGCCUGGCCAUGGCCUACCGCAAGAACGCUGACCGCGACGAGGACAAAGCCAAGGCCUACGAGCUGGAACAGAACGUGGUGAAGCUCAUGCGCGGACUCCUGCAGUGCAUGAUGCGGCAGGUGGAGAAAGUGGAGAAGUUCAAGUACACGCAGAGUACCAAGGACAGCCUGCACGCCAAGUACAACACUGCCACCUGCAGCACCGUGGUGGGCGACGACCAGUGGGGCCACCUCCAGGUGGAUGCCACCUCCCUCUUCCUCCUGUUCUUGGCCCAGAUGACAGCUUCUGGUUUACGGAUAAUUUUCACCCUCGAUGAGGUGGCUUUCAUACAGAAUCUUGUCUUUUACAUAGAAGCCGCAUAUAAAGUUGCUGACUACGGAAUGUGGGAACGUGGCGAUAAGACGAAUCAAGGCAUCCCCGAAUUGAAUGCGAGCUCUGUUGGAAUGGCCAAGGCAGCACUCGAGGCGAUCGAUGAGCUGGAUCUCUUUGGAGCCCAUGGCGCCCACAAGUCAGUGAUCCACGUCCUGCCAGACGAGGUUGAACACUGCCAGUCAAUUCUGUUCUCCAUGUUACCCAGAGCGUCCACGUCCAAAGAGAUCGACUCAGGGCUGCUUUCCAUUAUCUCCUUCCCUGCCUUUGCUGUAGAAGAUAUAAACCUCGUGAAUGUGACCAAAAAUGAGAUUAUUUCCAAGCUUCAGGGACGAUAUGGAUGCUGCCGUUUCCUCCGUGAUGGUUAUAAAACCCCAAGAGAGGACCCAAAUCGAUUGCAUUAUGACCCUGCUGAGCUCAAGCUCUUUGAGAACAUUGAGUGUGAGUGGCCUCUGUUCUGGACCUAUUUCAUCAUCGACGGACUCUUCAGCGGCAACGCUGUGCAGAUCCAGGAGUACCGGGAGGCCCUGGAGGGAGUAUUAAUCAGAGGCAAGGACGGAGUCCGCCUGGUGCCCGAGCUCUACGCCAUCCCACCCCACAAGGUGGACGAAGAGUAUAAGAAUCCUCACACGGUGGACAGGGUGCCCUUGGGGAAGCUGCCCCAUCUGUGGGGCCAGUCCUUGUACAUCCUCAGCUCACUGCUGGCAGAGGGGUUCCUGGCUGUGGGUGAAAUCGAUCCUUUAAAUCGAAGAUUUUCCACUUCCGUCAAACCUGAUGUCGUGGUACAAGUGACUGUGCUGGCCGAGAAUGAUCACAUUAAGGAGUUGUUGGGGAAACACGGGAUCCAUGUCCAGAGCAUUGCUGACAUUCACCCCAUCCGCGUGCAGCCGGGCCGCAUCCUCAGUCACCUCUAUGCCAAGCUUGGAAGGAAUAAGAAUAUGAAAUUGAGUGGGCGGCCUUAUCGGCACAUCGGGGUCCUCGGAACCUCGAAACUCUAUGUCAUCAGGAACCAGAUCUUCACCUUCACGCCCCAGUUCACUGACCAGCACCACUUCUACCUGGCCCUGGACAACGACAUGAUGGUGGAGAUGCUGCGGAUCGAGCUGGCGCACCUGUGCACGUGUUGGCGCAUGACAGGCCGACCCACUCUCACCUUCCCCAUCACGCACACCAUGCUCACAAAUGACGGCUCGGACAUUCAUUCUGCGAUUCUUUCUACCAUUAGAAAAUUAGAGGACGGCUAUUUCGGAGGAGCUAGAGUGAAAUUGGGGAGCCUUUCGGAAUUUCUCACGACGUCUUUCUACACCUACCUGACCUUUUUGGAUCCAGACUGUGAUGAGAAGUUGUUUGACGAUGCCAGUGAUGGCAUCUUGAGUCCUGACAGCGACUCGGACUUGGGAGGCUAUUUGGAAGAUGUAUAUAACCAGGGGAACCGAGAAAGCCCGGAUGACCUGGACCAGUAUAUCAACCACCUCCUGCAAAGCACAUCUUUGAAAUGCUUUCUUCCCCCUCUUUGUAAGAAGAAAGAAGACAGCCAUGUUUUUGGUGCUGUCCACUCCACUCGGGACAUACUUUCCAUGAUGGCCAAAGCAAAGGGUUUGGAAAUGCCAUUUGUUCCCAUGACUUUGCCAACUAAAGUUCUUAGCGCCCCUCGUAAAUCACUGAAUCUGGUUGAUUCUCCUCAACCUCUUCUUAAAAAGUUGCCAGAAGAUGAUGUCCAGUGGCCCCGAGACGACCAUGGCGACUUGGACUGUGAGAAACUGGUGGAGCAACUGAAAGAGUGUUCGAAUUUACAGGACCAAGCAGACAUUCUGUACAUUCUGUAUGUUAUCAAGGGCCCCACCUGGGACACAAAUCUCUCUGGACAGCACGGGGUCACCGUUCACAACCUACUCAGCGAGCUCUAUGGCAAAGCGGGCUUGAACCAGGAAUGGGCUUUGAUCCGCUACAUCUCAGGCCUGCUCAGGAAGAAAGUGGAGGUGCUGGCCGAGGCCUGCACAGACCUGCUGUCACACCAGAAGCAGCUGACAGUGGGCCUGCCCCCUGAGCCCCGAGAGAAGAUCAUCUCUGCUCCCCUGCCCCCCGAGGAGCUCACAAGACUCAUCUAUGAAGCCAGCGGGCAAGACAUCAGCAUCGCUGUCCUCACUCAGGAGAUCGUGGUAUAUCUGGCCAUGUACGUCAGGGCCCAGCCCAGCCUCUUCCUGGAGAUGCUCAGGCUCCGGAUCGGACUGAUCAUCCAGGUGAUGGCCACGGAGCUGGCGCGGAGCCUCGACUGUUCAGGAGAAGAGGCUUCGGAAAGCUUGAUGAACCUCAGCCCUUUCGAUAUGAAAAGUCUCCUACACCAUAUUCUCAGUGGGAAAGAAUUUGGUGUUGAAAGAAGCAUGCGACCUAUCCACUCGUGCACGUCCAGCCCUGCCAUCUCCAUCCACGAGGUGGGGCACACCGGUGUCACCAAAACGGAGAGGAGCGGCAUUAGCAGACUGAGGAGUGAGAUGAAGCAGAUCACUAGACGGUUUAGUGCUGACGACCAGUUCUUUUCUGUGAACCAGGCCAUGUCCACCAGCAUGUACUCUUCCAAGUCCACGAGGUCCAGCACCCCGUCGUCCCCCACGGGCACAUCAUCCACGGACUCCGGGGGCCAUCACCUGGGCUGUGGGGAGCGGCAGGGUCAGUGGCUGCGGCGGAGAAGGCUGGACGGGGCCAUCAACAGGGUUCCCGUGGGCUUCUACCAGAAGGUGUGGGAGAUCCUCCAGAAGUGCCACGGUCUGUCCAUCGAUGGUUAUGUACUGCUGUCCUCAACGACAAGAGAGAUGACCCCGCAGGAAAUCAAGUUCGCAGUGCACGUGGAGUCGGUGCUGAACCGAGUGCCGCAGCCCGAGUACCGGCAGCUGCUGGUGGAGGCCAUCCUGGUGCUGGCGCUCCUGUCGGACUCGGACAUGGACAGCAUCGGCGGCAUCAUCCACGUGGACCAGCUCGUGCACUCGGCCAACCAGCUCUUCCUGCAGGACCAGAUAUCCAUGGGGGCCACGGAGACCCUGGAGAAAGACCAAGCCACCGGCAUCUGCCACUUCUUUUACGACAGCGCCCCAAGUGGGGCUUACGGGACAAUGACCUACCUGACCAAGGCCGUGGCCUCUCAUUUGCAGGAACUACUGCCCAACUCUGGCUGCCACAUGCAAUAGGGCUUCGGUGCUCGGGCCUCAGUGCUCGGAGUCGUUCAUCUGUCCCAGCCUCUGCAGGAGCUUGGCGCUGUUCCCCUCAGUCCCCUGUGCUGUCUCCCGAACACAUCCCAUCACCAGGAGACAGCAGCUGCUCCUGGCACCCGGGGGCCCUAUCACCGUAUUUGAGGUCUGCCAGUGUGAGGCGCCCUGGCAUCUCGCAUGCGGAGUGAACCGAAUCACCAGCUUAAGUCAGUUCUUCCAGCGUGGUAUGAAAACAGGCUCGAUGAGCUUGUGACACAGCUGAAGGAUGCAGAGAUGCUUCCAGAAGCAGUGGCUAGGAGGGCGGGCCUUGACCGGGUGUGUCUCAGGGUGCAGCCUGUCUGUGGACCCAGCGCUUAUCCAAAUAGAGGGAGUCUCUCUGCAGACUCGGGCCUUGUACCUCACUCCUUUGGUCUGCUGAUUGUCUGACCUAGCCACCUUCAGGUGACAGAAAACGCUCUCUCGCUAAGAUGUAGAAAAUCGAGCCCCUGUUAGCUGUAACCCGUGGUCCUCCAGGACCAUGAAUUCGGGAUUUUUCCUUCCGUAUAUCUACAGCCCACGUCUUCCAGUGUCUAGUCGAGAAGGAGACAAAUGGUGAUGCAGGACUCAACCUCCUUACGACUGGGUCAAACUUCGGGUGCAGGUUGCGAGUAUGUGGAAGGUCUUGGUGGCCACCCGGGCAGCACCAGGGCCCUCAGGAAGAGAGGAUGCUUGUGCACAGUGCUCCCUGCUCUGACCGAGGUGGGCGGGCCAGCGGGGAGCCCUCUGUGGAAGCUUCCAGCCUUGAUGGUAGAGGAGCAAGGGCUCCCCUGUUUGCUCAGGUCCCGGCAAAUGGACUUUCCUCCAGGCAUUGUUUGGCCAGGGGAAGGGGACAUUUCUGGCCAUGAAGCACCUUGAAAGGCAGUCAGUCCCCUGGGACCUCAUGGGGGCACUGGCUGGGUGAGCGUGAGGGUGACCUUGGUGACAGCACUGUCACUGAAACAUGCGCAUUGGCUGGGUGGACAGACGUUGCUACGAAGGAGGAAACCGCAUGCUCUGUGGGGACCCUUGGUGCUUAGCGCCCUCAGCAUCCGGUUGCUGUCAGAGCUGUCUUUUCUAGAAGCCUGUUCUGGGGCCAAGACGGCCUUGCCUGCCUGCUGAGAGCCCCUACAGGGGAAGGCACUUGCCUUGCGUGCAUCCCACCCCGGUCUGAUUCUCCACACCCCUUAUGGCCCCCCGAGCAGCAGCGGGCAUGACCAGACACCAAACCCAAACCAAACCCACAAAUUCUUCUCUUUGCUCUUGGAAGACAGUCGAGAACCCAACUCUGCCCUGGCCUCGGCCGUAUUCUUGGAGAGCAGCGGCCUUUCUUGGCUGAGGCACAGAAAGCUGGGGAGAGAAGAAGCCCCCAGAAUGCCAGCGCUCCUUCUUCAGCGCCCUGCAGCACCCCAUGCGCCUCCCCUUCACCUGCUUUCUCGGGAAUGCCAGCACCAAGGCCUUUCUCCUCAGAUCCUAGAUCCGUCAGUACCCGCUGAACGCUUUGGGGACACAAAAGGGAUGAAGGAUAGCAGAUUUCUGUGAGGUGGGGACACCAGCAAGGGGGCAUGACCAGGUGCGGCUCCACUGUGCGCUGGCACAAGUAGGUGACUCCUACAGAAACUCCUGCUGCAGGGCGUAGAGCCGGGUAGCCUGCUACGCCAAAGGCCCCCAGCUCCUGCAGCGCAAUCCCAGAGACACCCCCCCUUCCCACGGAAGUCCGUUUGCUCCCUGGGAGAGCCCCAGCCAACCACGCUGGGCGUCAACCUUUUCCCAUGCCUUGUGUUUGGUGUCAUGACGGACUCCGGUGGGCCUGAUGAGGCAGGUCUCCAAGUCAUAGAUGCUCCUCGGGCGAAGGUUGCAGAAGCCCCUCGGCUGCCCGCAGUGAGCCAGGCACUGAUUGGGAGCGCUCACCUGCCCGCAGAGGACGUGCAGAGCGGCAGAUGCGGUGUCUGGGCUCACCCACCGAGAAGCCGGCCAGGAGAAGCGUCGCAAUAAGCAGUUCCGCUGAGGCUUUGAUUCCCUCCUUUGAAACCUCUUUCAAAUGGAGGCCUGAAAUAGCCCCACAUUUCCCCAGGCACCAGGCUGUCAGCUUCAAAGCACGAGAACAGGCUUCUGAGGGCUGAUCCCUUGUGCAAGCAGCUGAGGCCCACGCAGAGCAGAGGAACAGUUUGGGGUGAGGGGUGGGGGGUAAGAGGCUCUGUCUUUCCACCACCCGGGUCUUGAGAACUAGGCUUCCGCGUGGCUCCUCUGCCACAAUGGAGUCAGAAACCAGUUUGGACCUGGCUGUGUGUGUGUGUGUGUGUGUGUGUGUGUGUGUGUGUGUGUAGGGGGUUCUGCCAGGGACAGACAUUUCUUUCCAAGCCCUCUCCCAGCAGAAGGGCCCGGUUGAAUCCAACCAAUCGAACAGCCGUCCUUCUGCAUCCCCCACCAACACAACCUGGCACAGUUACUGAGGCUCUGUGUGCCUCCAUUUGCUCAUCUGUAGAAUGGGCAAGAGGCCUACAGACGGAUGCGAGAGGAACCCCGCCCUGCCUAUGGCUGGUAGAACUUGAGAGGCUCCCAAUCACAGGAAGCCAGAUAUGUCAGAUGGCACCCUGGGCAAGGCCGGGGAGCCCGGCCAGGCUGUCCUGGUCAGGGCAGGGGCUCGGGAGCUGGACAACUAUCAGGCUGUCGACUGGAGGUUUUGCAGCUCCUCUGAGGGGCCCACGAGGGGAGGGAGAGACGGAAGCAUAUUAGCUGCCUGCACAGAGGGGGCGGGGGGGUGAGGGGGGAGUGCCAGGAAGUCCCGGAGCCCGGACCUCCCUUGGGAGCAGGGAGGGACUUGACGGAGAGGCUGGCUUCCUCAGCAAAGGUCAGCAGUGUCCCCUCCCAGCGCCCUGACCUUGCCAGUUGCCGUUUGGCUUUCGAAGCCAUCUGUUCAGCUGCCCUGCGCCAUGCCACUCGCACAGGCCUGCUGUUCCCUGGCCUUGGCCACUGCAGUCUGCUCCGGAGGGUAAGCAGUGCCCGCAGCCACCCUCUCGCCCCCCCCAUGGCCUUCUGCCAGCCAUGGGGAGGCAGAGAGUGCUUCGGAGCCUAACGCCUGGACGCUGUGAUGGUUUGGGAGAGGGGAAAGUUCCAUCCCCCCAGCAACUGUGUGUUUUUUGAAGGAACAUAUGUGCCAUGCUGGCACCAACGCCUUCUUAGAGGGGAAUCGUUGGAACCAAUGAACUCUGAAGUCAUGUGAUUCGCCCUCUGCCUCACUGCAAUGUGCUGAUGAUUCCGAAAGAGGAAUGGCUGGGAAAGCGUUUCUGGGGGCCUCCCGUGGGCUGGGCAUGGCGCGGCGCCAGCAGGAGGGGCUGUCCUGGAGGCUGCUGGGAAGGCGCCCCUCUGUGCCAGGACCCCCUCCCCCGCCUCCAGGCACGCCGCUGUCCUACCGGGCCUGCCAACCUGCUCCACCCCGCAGCCCGGGCAGCUGCACCCGUCUCCCAGCAGCGAGGCCGCCCAUGGUCCCCUCCUGCUGGUGCCACCCACGGGACACUUGCCACAGAGACAUCCCUGACACUGGCUCUGCUCUCUGCUGGUGCCCGACAGGAGCUAGGCUAAGUCACGUCCUCACUACUGUCCGGGUCUGCCCCCAGGGGCUCCCGGGCUCCCCCAGCCCCGCAGAUGUCACUAGCAUGAGUCACUGUCACCGAGGAGGUCUUAGCACCGCUGCUCUUUUAAAACGAGGUGCAGAGGCUUCGCCUCACACCUCUGCCUGGCAGCCCAGGUGUGCGGCAUCCAUCCACGCAGGGACAAGCGGUGGCAGAGGGGAAGAUGGGUAGCUGAGCGCUCCUCCUUCUAAGUGCACUGGGGUCAGCUUCGUCAUGUGGGGGCUCCCCCAGAGCCAGGAAGGCGGUUCCAAAGUCAAGCGGGGCCAAACGAGGCAUCGCUAAGGCCGGGAAGAGAGGGAACCUGGGCGCCCCACACAGCACUAGUGGGGCUGUGCCGUGAGAACUGACCUUGUGUUUGUCCUUUGCGGAAGGACACGCUUCUGUGAGGAGGGGCGCAGGGAGCUGCCAGGAAGUGUGGGGCCUCCCAGGGGGGCUCCCCUGGGCAGCGGAGGGGUGCGCUUUGGCAGAGACAUGACUACGGGGGCCUGCGUGCCACCCCGCCCCAGCAGCCCAGCCCCCUCGGCCUUCUCCUGGACGCUGAGUGGCAGCCCAUCUGGGACAAGACGCAAAUGGCUGUCACAUCUUCCCUUCUAAGUCUUUAGCCAGCUGGGGGAUUUAAAAAGAACGACUUGGAACUGAUCCGAGGAUUAAGCCUCUCCUGCCGGGGUGAAUAAUUACCCCCAGCUGUCCCCAGGAUCUGUCCCCGAGCCCGUGCCAGCACCCCCGGGCCUCUCAGGCUGCACACAGGGAGACAGGUGAGGGCUCCCUCGGCCUCGCCUUCGCCUCUUUAGCCACAGGGACCCCCGCCGCCGCCGCCAGACCCCCCGACACACCAGAGACAGCCCUGCUGGGGAAUCCUGACAGCAACCGUCAGAGCUGCCACCACCCGGAAGCCUGGGGUACACAUACGAGCACACACAUGUGUCCAUGCAUGCCCCCCCGCCCCACCGGGAGGCUGGAGAUCAGCUUGGCGCUGCCGGUGCUCAUUUGUGGCAGUCCGCCCUGGGAGGGAAAGUACAUGGCACAAGUCAUGAGGAGGAGGAGCUCCAAAUUGGGGUGCAUUGUGGGGAGAAGGGGUCACUCUGGGCACGGGGGCCAGCGGAGACUUGCCAGAAAAGCAGCAGCUGGAGCUGAGAGGGAUGCAGGGGGGCUUGUGUCCUCCACAUAACGGGUAGGGGCGCACGGCAGUGGUCAAGGCCCAGGAGGCUGAGAGGCCGAGCUGGGGAGGCCUGAUCCCUCUCCAGGCUGUAAGUGGAUGUGUACUCAGAUGCGUGCCGUGCCAGGCCGUGUGAGAGCCACCGCCAAGAAGAAAGCAAAAGAAGGCAGAGAGGUGGGGAGGUGGGGUCUGUGGGGUGCUAGAGGAGAUCCUGAUAAGGGAGGGGUCCCUUGGGGGCUGGAGAAACAGUACAAAAGGCCUUGGGUGCGGUGGGAGGGCACCCCUCCCCCGCCCACAGUUCCCUCCAGCCGCCACCAGGGGUCACUGCUGAGCACAGAGCCUGGACUAGUUCCUGUGCACCACUGGGUGUGACCCAAAAACCCAAUUAAAAAUAAACUUUUUAAAAGGCAGGGUUACCUUAGGACCUGAGUCAGGCAGUGCCCAGGGAAGAACGGCAGGUAGAAGGGAAAGUCAGAGCACAAGCCUGAGGCCUAUAUUACCCCGGGAAAUAUUUGCCCAGUAACAGUGAA